AUGCCUCCGCGCGCGCCGCCCGCGCCAGGGCCCCGGCCGCCGCCCCGGGCCCCCGCCGCCGCCUGGGACGCGGACACCGACACGGACACGGCCGGCGCCGGCGGGCCCGGGCUCCGGCCGCUCGCGCCGCGCCCCUGGCGCUGGCUGCUGCUGCUCGCGCUGCCCGCCGCCUGCUCCGCGCCGCCGCCGCCGCGCCCCGUCUACACCAACCACUGGGCGGUGCAAGUGCUGGGCGGCCCGGCCGCCGCGGACCGCGUGGCCGCGGCGCACGGCUACCUCAACUUGGGCCAGAUCGGAAACCUGGAAGAUUACUACCACUUUUAUCAUAGCAAAACCUUUAAAAGAUCAACCUUGAGUAGCAGAGGCCCUCACACCUUCCUCAGGAUGGACCCCCAGGUGAAAUGGCUCCAACAACAAGAAGUUAAACGCAGGGUGAAGAGACAGGUGCGAAGUGACCCUCAGGCCCUUUAUUUCAACGACCCCAUUUGGUCCAACAUGUGGUACAUGCAUUGUGGCGACAAGAACAGUCGCUGCCGAUCAGAAAUGAAUGUCCAGGCGGCGUGGAAGCGGGGCUACACGGGAAAAAACGUGGUGGUCACCAUCCUGGAUGAUGGCAUAGAGCGGAAUCACCCCGACCUGGCCCCAAACUAUGAUUCCUAUGCGAGCUAUGACGUCAACGGAAACGAUUACGACCCGUCUCCGCGAUAUGAUGCCAGCAAUGAGAACAAACACGGUACUCGCUGUGCGGGAGAGGUCGCCGCUUCAGCCAACAACUCUUACUGCAUCGUGGGCAUCGCGUACAAUGCAAAAAUCGGAGGCAUCCGCAUGCUGGACGGAGACGUGACCGACGUGGUGGAGGCCAAGUCCCUGGGCAUCAGACCCAACUACAUCGACAUUUACAGCGCGAGCUGGGGGCCGGAUGACGACGGGAAGACGGUGGACGGGCCAGGCCGACUGGCCAGACAGGCCUUCGAGUACGGCAUUAAAAAGGGCCGGCAGGGCCUGGGCUCCAUUUUCGUCUGGGCGUCCGGGAACGGCGGCCGAGAGGGGGACCACUGCUCCUGCGACGGCUACACCAAUAGCAUCUACACCAUCUCCGUGAGCAGCACCACGGAGAAUGGCUACAAGCCCUGGUACCUAGAGGAGUGUGCGUCCACCCUGGCCACCACCUACAGCAGCGGGGCCUUCUACGAGCGCAAAAUCGUGACCACGGAUCUGCGCCAGCGCUGCACCGAUGGCCACACCGGGACCUCUGUUUCAGCCCCCAUGGUGGCCGGCAUCAUCGCCUUGGCGCUGGAAGCAAACAGCCAGCUGACCUGGAGGGACGUCCAGCACCUGCUGGUGAAGACGUCCAGGCCGGCCCACCUCAAAGCCAACGACUGGAAGGUGAACGGUGCUGGUCAUAAAGUUAGCCACCUCUAUGGAUUUGGCUUGGUAGACGCGGACGCCCUCGUCAUGGAGGCCAAGAAGUGGACUGCGGUGCCCCUGCAGCACAGCUGUGUCGCUGUCACAGACAAGAGGCCCAGGAGCAUCCCCGUGGUGCAGACGCUGAGGACCAGUGCCCUGACCACCGCCUGUGCCGACCACUCGGACCAGCGUGUGAGCUACCUGGAGCACGUGGUGGCCCGCAUCACCAUCUCCCACCCACGCCGAGGAGACCUGCAGAUCCACUUGAUUUCUCCCUCAGGGACCAAGUCUCAGCUUUUGGCGAAGAGGUUGCUGGAUCAUUCCAACGAAGGCUUUACAAACUGGGAGUUCAUGACCGUGCACUGCUGGGGAGAGAAGGCCGAGGGGGAAUGGACCCUGGAAAUCCAGGACAUGCCAUCCCAGGUCCGCAACCCAGAGAAACAAGGGAAGUUGAAAGAGUGGAGCCUCAUCCUGUACGGCACGGCCCAGCACCCCUAUACCACCUUCAGCGCCCAUCAGUCUCGCUCCCGGAUGCUGGAGCUCUCAGCCCUAGAGCCAGAGCCACCCAAGGCCGCCCUGUCACCGUCCCAGGCCGAGGUUCCCGAGGACGAAGAGGACUACACAGGUGUGUGCCAUCCGGAGUGUGGUGACAAAGGCUGUGAUGGCCCUAACGCAGACCAGUGCUUGAACUGUGUCCACUUCAGCCUGGGGAGCGUCAAGACCAGCAGGAAGUGCGUGAGCGUGUGCCCCUUGGGCUACUUUGGGGACAUGGCAGCCCGCCGCUGCCGCCGCUGCCACAAGGGGUGCGAGACCUGCUCCGGCCGGGGCCCCACCCAGUGCCUGUCUUGCCGCCGCGGGUUCUACCACCAUCAGGAGGUGAACACCUGUGUGACCUUCUGUCCCGCUGGAUUUUAUGCUGAUGAAAAUCAGAAAAACUGCCUUAAAUGCCACCCAAGCUGUAAGAAGUGCAUGGAUGAACCAGAGAAAUGUACUGUCUGUAAAGAAGGAUUCAGCCUUGCACGGGGCAGCUGCAUUCCAGACUGUGAGCCAGGCACCUACUUUGACUCUGAGCUGAUCAGGUGCGGGGAAUGCCAUCCCACCUGCCAGACCUGCGUGGGGCCCAGCAGAGAAGAAUGUAUUCACUGUGCCCCAAACUUCCACUUCCAAGACUGGAAAUGUGUGCCAGCCUGUGGCGAGGGCUUCUACCCCGAGGAGAUGCCGGGCUUGCCCCACAAAGUGUGCCGAAGGUGUGACGAGAGCUGCUUGAGCUGUGAAGGCUCCAGCAGGAACUGCAGCCGGUGUAAGACAGGCUUCACACAGCUGGGAACCUCAUGCAUCACGAACCACACGUGCAGCAACGCCGAUGAGACCUUCUGCGAGAUGGUCAAGUCCAACCGGCUCUGCGAACGCAAGCUCUUCAUCCAGUUCUGCUGCCGCACCUGCCUCCUGGCUGGGUAGGGGCGCCCGGCCGCCCGCACAGGGCAGGGCCCCUCCUGUCUGUCCGUCCACCUUCCUCCAGGCUGUCGGCCAGAGUCUGUUUCAGGAGUGGUACCCUGCAUCUGACAGCUUUUAUCUCCCCAGGAGAGAGGUCCUUCCGCAGCAUCUCUGGGCGCCCAGGCCAGGUGGGUGAGGGCUUCGAGGAGGUGUCGGCGAUGUCCUCUCACACCCUGCUUGCUGGCUCCAUUCUUCUGGCUAACUCACAACGGGAACAGAACCAAUUCCAGGAAUCCACAGCUCCGGCUUCAGAGCAGCUUCUGGAACCAUAAGUUUACUGAAUCUUCGAGACCAAAGCAGAAAGGCAGGAUGCUUGGUGCAUUGCUCUUCUCCCCGUGCUUUUGGGCAGCCCGCAGACCCCUGGGCUGUGCCCCUGCGUGAUGGAGGGCUAAGGGGCAUACCUGCUCAUCUGCCUGCCACAGUCUGGGGGAUGGUUUGGUCAGACUGUAAAUAAAACAGAUUUUGGGGCUUCAAACGUGUGACCACUGGGGAUGGAGCAUCUAUUUCUCCAUAAUCAGCGACUUCUGAAACUGCAGCCAUGGCUUAGAAAGUCUAAUCCCAAACGGAUGGGUUGGAGGGACCCUCCUUCCUCUGCCGCCCUUUCCUCUGAGGGAGCUGAAGGUCCCUGGUCUCUGCAUCCUAUCUGUGUCUCUGGGAGUCUCAUGGCCCAGAUGAACGGUCACCUCUGCCUAACACAGAGGGUCCCCAGGAGGCGUCCCGGGGGCUGGCCAAAAGGUGCCCCAACGACCAAGCAAUUCUUCCUACCAAAAUGUAAACCCAGCCUGUGAACUGUUAAUUGUCUGUCGUGUCCCAUUUUGUGGAAUUGCUUUGAAAAUACAUUGGCCCUGCUUUCCAGGAGACUUGUUCUUAAGGUGGGCGCCCCUGCGUCUGUGUGUGCUAUGAGCCUAACGACACGGCUGGAUUUAUUUUUGCCAAACCUGUGUGGGUAUUUUAUAAGCUACGUGUUCUGAUUUUUACCAAUGUUAAUUAUUUUGACAAAUAUUUCAUAUAUUUUCAUUGAUAUGCACAGAUCUGCUUGAUCAAGUCCCUUUAAUAUGGGAGUAACAUUUGCCUUAAAUUUUUUCGAGCUCGUUCUCCAUUUCGUCCUGCUCCCCUCUUUGACUGUAACACAUUUGACGAGUCCCCUGUGAGCUGGGGGGGAGCCCAGCUGUUGUUUGUUGCAUCCACAACUCCGAAAAUGAAAUCCACAAAGCAAAUACAGUGUUAACCCUAAAUUAAUAAAAGAGUUAACAUUUCAUGGCAAA